UGUGGAGUGGCAGGCCGAUGGCGGCUUGGGAUCUCAUGCAGGAGAACGCUGAAAGAUCCAUACAUAGACCCGCUCUUGGUUAGCGCAAGGCUCUUCCACAUUAGCUCCAUCGAGCACUUACGAGUCAUCGCCGACGCACGAAUGGACACUUCACUUCGUAAACCAGAUCCAAAAAUAAUUGCGCUCAAGUGCGUGGUCGAUGCGGAUCGACAAAUCCGGCAACCAAAGACCAGAGUCGCUGUCAUCGGCUAAGUGGUUAAUAGAGUUUGUUGUUGCUUUUGACGAGCUCUCGACUCGGCGGCUAUGAUUUCAUCUCGGCUGAGUUAAACCUGCCACAGAGAUUGGUAGUGGAAACUGUAUUCCAGCAGGCCUGCCACGGUCCGGCUAUAAAGACGCGGCCGAAUUGGAGCAAGACAUCAUUGGGUUCAGUACUAGCGACACAGAAACAUCUUCAGUCAGUUCGAAUAGUUCUUUAAUCAACUACAGAACUAAAGCUUCAGAAUGAAACUCUUCACCGCCGUCCUUACCAUCUGCCUAGUGGCCUUUGCGGCCGCCCAGUCCGCAGAUCCCGCUGCCGCACUGGAGCCUUCCUCCGAGUACCUGCCCCCCGUCGGCGAGGCGGAGGCCGCCCAGCUGUCGGAGAACGGAUAUAAGUACAGGACCGUGCGCCGGCUUAAGCUGCGCCACCGCCGCGAGGUACCUAACCAGGAAUACCUUCCUCCGGUGGAGAACGCACCUAGCCAGGAGUACCUGCCGCCCCUAGAUGCCGCCGCCAUUGGGGACACCAAGGUCGCCGACGACGGCUAUCGCUACAAGACCGUGCGCAAGCUUAAGUUCCGUGCCCGUCACCGCCGCGACGUCUCCGAAAUCGCUGAGCCCAGCAGCGAGUACCUCCCACCCGUGCAGGUCGAGCUCGCCCCCGAGCUGAAAACCGUUCUGGGUGAUGAUGGCUACAAGUACAAGACAGUGCGCCGGCUCAAGUUCCGUCGCCACCGCCGCGAGGCUGCCGCCGACGAGGCUGCCGCCGAGUCCGCCCCCAACGGAGAGUACCUGCCCCCCGCCGAGGCCGCCCCCGCCGCCCCCGCUGCUGAGGCCGAGCCAAAGGCCGCUGAGGAGGGCACUGAGCUGGCCAAGGACGGCUACCGCUACAAGACUGUGCGCCGUCUGCGAUACCGCUACCGCCACUAGGCCUGCAAUUCGAACCUAGACACAUUGAGCCAAAUUGAUCCUGAGAGUACAUGCAAGAAGUAGAGUCGAGCGGGCCUCGUCCAUUCGACUGACUUCUCUUUUUUUGACUUUUUGCCCUUCCCAAUACUUAUUCAUUCAGUUGUCCCAGCAUAUGGAAUAAUAAAAUUUAUUCAC